AUGAAGGAUUUAGUCUUCAAAUUAGAUGCAGAACAUGAGGAAGAAGCAAAUGCUGCCUAUGAUCAAGUUCUGGAGUUGCUCGACACAGAUCCAACAGCAUCUCAAUACUUUAACAGACAAUGGCGUUACAACAUAUCAAGAUGGAUUGCUCGUGACAGGCGUGAAGGCGACGCAACUAACAAUAUUGCCGAAGCUCAUUUUAGAACACUCAAACAUGACUAUUUUCCUGAUCGAAAAAAUCUCAGAAUUGAUGAUGUUAUUAUAGAA